AUGUUGGCUCGCACUGCCCUCUUGUCGCUGGCGCGCGCUGGGCGUGUGCCGGCACGUGACUUGCUCGGUGUGACGCCCGAGCUCUUGGUCCGGCGCGGCAUCAAGUACGCACCCAGCGACCCGGAAGUGGUACCGCUACCCUUUGAGAAUAGCGUGGUACAUUGGUCGGAAGAAGGUGCCUUGCAUGAUCCAACGGCACCCGUGACCGUCCUGGUACAUGGCUCGCCAGGCUCCUCCCGUGACUUUCGCUACCUGGCCCCGGCGCUGCAAGCGCACACCAAUGAUCAGCUUCGCAUCCUCCGCCUCAACAUGCCCGGUGAAGGCACCGCACCCAUUGAAGCAUGCCCCUCGCCCACGGCGCCAGCACUCGGCGCGUUUACAGCUCGUGCCAUUGACCAUUACAUCGAGACGCGUCAGCUGCAGCCCAGCAGCCUGACCCUUGUAGGCCACAGCAUGGGGGGACCCGUCUCCAUGUACGCGCUCUCCCUUCGAGCCAGCACCUGGCUGCAGCAGUUCCCCGUGAACCUGGCCCUGCUGGCUCCCGUCAGCUUUAGCAUUCACCGUGGCAUGCGCACCACUCGGCCUGCUCUGCGCCGUGCCAUCGCCAUGGCCGAGGCUGCCCCCCGCUGGAUUCGCGACCUCUUUUAUCGCUAUGCCCAGCAUGUGAUGCAUGUCAAGCUUAAAUUUCCUAAAGCUUCUCUCGGCAAUCUGGAAGAGCUGCGCCGCUCUCUCCUACGGGCCAAUGAGACGUGCUUUGACCAGCACACCCACGUGCUCCACCCCCAGCUUACCCAGACCUUGACCCACCGGCCCGCUGCCGCUGUUCACCCUUGCCGUGGCCGUUUGAUUUACACAAGCGAUGACCACUUGGUUGAGCCCGAGGUGUUUGAUGGGGCCUUUACCCUCCUCUCUCAAGUAGGCUUUGACGACUUUGGCCGCGAUGUCAUCGAGUCUGGUGGUCACAACCUUCAGAAAACCCAAGCAGACCUCAUUGGUCAGAGCCUGGCCCAGCAUUUGCUGCAGUCAGCCAAGCAAGUCUAA